AUGCACUGCGAUGCACGGCCUGUCAUUUCCGAUGGUAGCAAAGUCUACACUGACCCGUUCGCCUCUCCCCUCCCAUGCAGCUGUGGCCCUGAGCAUUUCGUGCCAAGUUACCUUCGAUGCGAGGAUCAUGGUUGCUGUAUGAAGAAGGUCAGAAUGAAUUGGUGUCCUCACGUCGCUGAUUGCAACGAGGUCUACGAGGUUCAUCGCUAUGUCCAGUCUUAUCGUCAACCACGAAAUAUCUGGGGUCACAGUGACACGCACGGCGACAGCUUCGAUUCUCUAUGGAGCCUUCCCAUGAUGCAGGAGAAGAAAAAGACUUGGAAAUAUGCUCCGAAUUUGGAGAAAUGUCUCUUCACUGGAAAGAUUCCACACUUGACGGCUGUCCCGCCUCCUUUUUGCAAAGCUGUUGAGAACCUGGCCAACAUUGGCCGUCUUAUUGUCCAGACACAAGCUCAGUUGGGUGCUCUUCGCAAUAACGCUGCUGUUGGAAGAAUCUGGCACGAUUAUUUCCACGGAGAAGCUUGCUCUCGUGUGCUUAAUGAGUGGGAGUGCCCACAACAAGGACCUAUCGUAGAUGCAGAACUGCUUGUAGAGGAAAAGGCUAAGGACCUCGUGAAGCAGAAGGAAAUCUUCAACACAUGCUGGACCUUCAUUCAGGGCAUUGUGCUUUGUCACCAAGUAGGCAAAGACCUUAUGAUCCAGAAUGUACCAGUUGUUUGGGAUCUGUAG